CUGCCCAUCCGCCCAUCUUGAUAUACUCACACCUCGCCUCACCUGCUCACCUCGCCACGCACAGACACGCCUGCACGCAAGGCGGCCUUCUCAUGCAUGGUGGCGCCUAGCUAGCUUCCCGCCGGCGACGACCACCACAUGUUGCAUGAGCAGCAGGCACCGGCAGUAGCACCACCGCCAGUACCUUCGGCGCCGACGACCUACGAUGCCGCGAAUGACGACGAAGAGGCCACCACGUUCCGCGACAUCCACCCUCUGACGCCCACGCCGACGCCACCCACGCGCACGGGCUCCGCGUCCUGGGACACUGCCAGCCACCGCUCCUUCUCCUCCGAGGAGCAGUUCAUGACGAUGAGCCGCGAGUUCACGGCCAUGGUCGCCACCGGGGCGACCAUGCAGACCGGCACCAACAACAGCAACAGCACCGGCGGCGGCUACGACAACGGCGCCGGCGCCGACCAGCUCACCAGCAUCGGCGAGGACGAGCUGGAGGAGACCAACCCGCUGGCCAUCGUGCCGGACAGCCACCCGAUCGCGACGCCGGCCAGGUCCAGGGUGCCGUUGGACCUAGAGGUGGUGCCCGCGGGGCCCGGGCCCGCGCAGCCGCCGGUGGAGGCGCGGCAGGUGAAGAAGGAGGAGGUGGAGACCAAGGUCACGGCGUGGCAGACGGCGGAGGUGGCCAAGAUCAACAACCGGUUCAAGAGGGAGGAGGUGGUCAUCAACGGCUGGGAGACCGAGCAGGUGGAGAAGGCCUCCGCAUGGCUCAAGAAGAUUGAGAGGAAACUGGACGAGCAGCGCGCCAAGGCGUUGGAGAAGACGCAGAACGACGUCGCCAAGGCGCGGCGCAAGGCGGAGGAGAAGCGGGCGUCGGCGGAGGCGAAGCGAGGGCUGAAGCUGGCCAAGGUGCUGGAGCUGGCCAACUUCAUGAAGGCCGUCGGGAGGGUGCCCACCAAGCGCUCCUUCUUCUAGCCUCAGUCGCUCACUGCCGCCUCGCCAUUCUCCACCACCUAUGCCCAGUGCUUGUGCGCCGAACCUGGUGCUCUGUGUGUGAUCGAUGUCUGCUGCUGAUGUGCUGUGCUGCAUCCGAGAACCUAAUUGUAAAAAGAAUUUGUAAGCUUUAUAUGUACUGGUGGCCUUUCUUCUUUUU